AUGAACGAAUUACUAAAACAGCAGGAGAAAUUCAGACAGAGUGCCAUUAGAGCCAUCGACACAGCUCCAAAAGCUUCUGGGUCUCAUUCUACUUAUGUUCCUGUCGAGAAUAGAGCGACGAAAAGGAAGAGAGAGACGAAGCCAAAAGAUGACAAGCAAAGUAAUUCUGUCAAUUUUGCGGUGAUGGCGAGAAUUGUGGAUUAUAUGAAGAAACGGCAUCUGAACGGGUCGCAGUGGGGCUUGUCACUUCAAGAGAUCCUCGAUGAGAUGGCUAUAUUCGACUUGACAAAGAAAACACUCACCUGGUUGGAGGGCGCACUGCCUGAAAACACUCGUUUACAAGUUUCUACGGAGGGAGAUACCGUAAAAUACAUUUUCAAACCUCCAUUGAAAGUAAAGAACUCCAAGACAUUGUUACAACUUUUGAAGAAGUAUCAUCAAGAUGCGAAGGGGGGAUUGUUGCUGACGUUGCUUAAUGAAUGUAUCCCAGAUGCCACCAAAGUUGUCGCAAGUUUAGCUCCCAAUGUAAUCGACAUACCUACCCAGGUUAGUGAUGGAGAAUAUGUUCCCGGUGUUGUAGUUUGGGAGUGGGUUACUUCCGUGAUAAAUUUGAAAUUAAUCAUCAAGUUUCUUCCUGUAGUUUAUCAUUACGCUGUAAAUGUUUUGGUAAACUGCAAAAUAUCUGAACUUGUGUGACGUGAAGAGUUUUUCGCUCUUCUUCUUUCAAAUUGUUUUUCGGAAAUUUUUGUGGUUAUGGAUUACCGGUGUAUUGUUUUCGCCUAUUUUCAAAAAAAAUCUUGUAUCUUAGUUAAUGCUUUUCCAUGGAGGUCAGUGCUAGGCGAUGGAUAGUGAAUUCGCUGAAUUAGAACAGUUGAUUGUAAAGUUAAUUUAGAGAAUUUUAGGUAAAUAAAAGAAAGGAUCAUGCGUACUACUACAACGACACCGAACUCGAUGUUAAUAUUGAUGAUGAGUUUGUACAACUCUGGAGACACUUCAGCGUAGAUCAUUUGGACGAAAAGAAGAUCGAAGAGUACCUCCAGAAGCACGGAAUAAGCACAAUAAAAGACCUCGCCCCCACCAGGGUGACUAACAUUCCCAAAAGAAAGCAGGCCAAGAGAAGGACCAACACCAAGGUCCAAAACACUCAUUUGGACGGCCUUUUGGAGGAAUACGAUAACAGUUAA